UAUAUAUCUUGUUAUAUUUAUAUCUAUAUUUAUAUCUAUAUCUAUUUUUUUUUUUAAUUAAAUCAUAUAUUAAACUAUAUAUUAAAAAUUUAUAUAAAAUAAAAAAAAAAAAUUAAUUUUAUAUAUUCAAAUAUUUCAUCUCGUCAUAGUCUUUUUUUUAUUUAUUUUUUUGGUCCCCCCUCUCCAAUCAAAUUUAUAAAACUAUUUUUUUUUUUUUUUUAAAAAAAAAUUCUAAAGGUUUUUUUUAUUUUAUAAAAAAUCAAUCUUAUAUUUUUCUUCUCUUCUCUAAAUUAAUCAGAGUUAGUUGGGUACAUUUAAAUCAUUUCAAUUAAAAUUAUAUCAAUAUACCACGUAACAAUAAUACAAUUAUACAAUUACAAUUUCAAAAUCAUAAACAAAUAUAAAUAAUAAACAAACAAAUAGAUAAAACGUAAUAUAUAUAAAAAUGAAUCAAUUAGUACCACAAUCUCAAAACCAAGGCUCAAGUGCACUUCCACCAAACAUUAACCCAAAAACUAGAAAACCAUAUACAAUUUCAAAACAAAGAGAAAAUUGGACAGAUGAAGAGCAUCAAAAGUUUUUAGAAGCUUUAACAUUAUUUGAUAGAGAUUGGAAAAAAAUUGAAUCAUUUGUCGGAACUAAAACGGUUAUACAGAUAAGAAGUCAUGCACAAAAAUAUUUUAUAAAGGUACAAAAAAACAAUACAGGUGAAAGAAUUCCACCACCAAGACCAAAAAGAAAAUCAGUACAACCAUAUCCACAAAAGCAAAAACAUGAUUCAAUGGGUAAUUUUCUUCCAGAAUCCUUGGCUGGUAACCAAUUUAUAAGUAGUACCUCAUUUGCCAACUGGAUGAGUUAUAGAGGUUUAAUGCCCACCUUAUCCGAUGCUCAAAUUAAUCCAAGUGAUAUUCAAAAACAAUUAGAACAAUUACAACAAGCCCAACAAUAUAUUCAACAAGCCAUGAUCAACGCACAAAGCUCUACUCGUAGCGGUAAUCCAACUCCAAUCCUUACACCAAAUUUCCCACGUAUCUAUACUUUUCUUUCAAAUCUCUUUGAGAAUAACAAUUCAACAUUUUCGGACUCUUUAACAGAAUUAUCACCAAUUGACCGUGAAACCAUGCAAAUUCUUAUGCACAAUUUAGCAAUUAAUCUUGCCAACCAACAACACAGAGAAAACCAUCAAAAUUUAUCCGAGCAAUAUAGAAUGAAAAAGGAUGAAGAUGAUGAAUUAAAUGGUCAACACAAUGGCUUAAACUCACCUAGAGCCCCACCUUCAAGCGCCAACACUACUCCACCAUUAACAAGCACAAUGAAUGUUUCUGGCGAUUUCUAUUCCGGUGAUGGUGGUGCAAGCGAAUUUGAUCAAGCAAAUACUGCUCAUUUAAACACUUCCGCUUAUCACUUUAACAACUCUAAUAAUAAUGCCGCUCAUAAUAUAAACUUGUUUUCUUUACAAAAUCAACCUCCAAUAUCCCAUGGUUUAAGUAUGGGAGGAAUGAAUUUAAAUAUGAACAGUAUGGGUUUAAAUGGCUUAAAUGGCUUAAAUGGAUUAAAUAGUUUAAAUGGUUUAGGAAAUUUAAAUAAUAAUUUAAAUGCUUCAAAAUCAUAUUUUUAAAAUAACAACAACAAUAAUUUAAAUUUAUAUAAUCUUUUUUUUUUUUAAAUAUUUAUAACUCAAAUAUCAAAUAUAUAUCAAUAACAACUGCAACAACACAAUAACAAUAACAACAAUAAUAAUAAUAAUAAUAAUAGGUGGUUCUUUUUUUAUUUUUAUUUUUUUAAUCAAUAAUUAAAUUAAAACAUAGCAAAGUCAAAAAAUUAAAUAUACAACAAAAUUACAUAUAUAUUAACUUUUUCAAAUCAAAACAAACCAAAAAUCAAAACAAACAAAAUCAAAUAAUGAAUGAUAAAAAAAAACAUUUUCUUUUUUUUUUUUUUUAUGACUAAAAUAAAAACAAAAGAAAGUGUCAAUAUCAAAUUCAAAUUUUUUCAACAAAUACAAAAAACAAACAACAAAUUUUUUAAGUUAAAAAAGAAUAAUAUAAUUGUUUUUUAUAGAAAAGAAAAUAAUUUUUAAUAAAACCAAAAAAUAAAAAUAAAAGUCCUUUAUUUGUAAAUUAAAAUUAAAC